GAGAUUACUCUAUAAGAUAACAUUACACAUAUCUUCUAUUGUUUAAUUGGUGGCUAUUAUGGAACCAUUUGUUUAAGAUCUUUUAAAGCGGAGCCCCUUGAGACGUGUGCAUUGCAACUCCAGUGGACUGACGGAAACAAACGUUAAAAUCUUUGGAAAUUAUUCAUUGUUUUACCCAUAAACAGUUAAUUCACCAUGGUUUGCUGCACAGAGACGAUCUCGAAAAUCGUCGUCAUAGGACUGAACAUAGUGUUCAUGGUGCUUGGUAUCGCCAUCAUGAUACCAGGAAUCAUCAUGAUGACAAAUAUUGACUUCCUUGGCGACAACAUCAAACCCCUGUUAGAAAAUAUCUCCUUCAACGGAAUCAAUCUGGCUAGCAUCUCCAACAACCUACCAAUCAUAUUCAUUAUUGUGGGUGCCGUAAUAUUAAUCAUAGCAGCAUUGGGGGUGCUGGGAGCCUGCUGCAAAUUGAAGACUCUGCUUGUAAUAUACGCUAUCAUUGUGAUGUUAUUGGUUUUGGUCCAAAUCGUCGUACUAGCGUUCUUCUUCAUUCUGAGGUCAAUGUUGGAUGACACAAUAAAGAAGGAAUUCGUGAGUCAGCUGACGAGCGGUUAUAAAGUAGAUGACCUUGACAAAAGCGAUGAAGUCUCCUCAGCAUUUAACUACAUGUUCAUGUCGAUGGAGUGCUGUGGCAUGAAUGCCGUGACGUCAUCAACGAAUGAUUUUGACAGCACCGCCUGGCGGAGCGGAACUGGGUCAGGCAAGAAGAUACCGAAAGGAUGUUGUAAAGGGGUAACGGAAGCUACUUAUGCUUCGUAUACCAAUGCUGCAUGUACCGAUACGGCUAAUAGCGGUACCUAUUGGCCUGAGGGCUGUUACACAAAGAUCAUGUCCAGUUUUGGUACAAUCUUAGACACGAUGGGUUACAUAAGUUUCAUCGCAGUAUUGAUUCAGAUUCUCCUGGUGAUAUUCUCCUUCUGUCUCUGCUGUAGCUAUAUGACUGAUAUAGUGUGAGUUACAUAAUGGACACAGGACACGUGAUGUCACGGGACCGUGUGUCUGUAUGACGAUGUGAUCCGGUGAUGGAUAUCUGAUACGACGUGCCUGUUUGAAACUUUGACAGUAUAGUUCUUGUAUUCCAUAUUAAGAUGCAAAACAAUACAUACUUUUUUUUAUCAAAGAAUGUAAUAAAUAUGUUCGGAAACAGCAAAUACAUAUACCGCAUUGGAAGUCUACGCCAUCUCUACGUUUCUCUACGUUUCCUGACGCAAAUUAUAAACACAACAAAGUUGAUGUUGUUUAUGAAGGAAACAAUGUUUCAUUUC